AUGCCAUUUUUUCCCUGUCGCCCUGGAGUCAUAUUCAUUGCCAUCACGAGAACCCCGCAAGCUGUGCAACCCAGGUGGCUGUCAGCUCGUGGCGGCGGAGGCAGCAGCAGCAGCAGCAGCAGCAGCGCCGUCACUGACGAGGAGCUGCAAAAGGCACGGGCGUGGCUCGCAGCGCUGCAUGCAGACGUGAUUCCACUGAAGACGAUUGGCGAAUUGAGUUUCAGCAGGUCUUCCGGCCCGGGCGGACAGAACGUGAACAAAGUCAAUUCUAAAGCUACUUUGAGAGUACCUCUCGGUGCGCUCCUGAAUCACGUCCCCACGGCUCUCCAUGAGGAAAUCGGCCGCUCGCGCUACGUUGCGGCCAAGUCGAACGACAUCAUAGUCCAGGCAGACGAUAGUCGCAAGCAGAACGACAACGCUCACAGCUGCUACAAGCGACUGUACGAUGCCAUUGUCGAGGCCGGGCACGUUGCCGUCCCAAAGGAGACGUCUGCGGAGCAGAUGCGCCAUGUCAAAAAUCUACAAAAGGCCGACAACGAGCGCCGAUUGAAAAGUAAGAAGCAGCAAAGCGCCAAGAAGAGUUCGAGAAGAGGCCGCGGAGAUGACUAA